AAUUAGGUGUCCGUAAACCGGCCAACGCCUGUGGCUGGGGAGUGCAAUUUUGAAAUUUCAAUCGAUAGUCUGCAACUGCGUGAUCUUCCAUGGUUCAAACCCCACACUGCUUUCUUUUCGUCUUCAACCACACCGAAAACUGACUACUUUGGAAAAAAGAAAGGAAGGAAUGGUGGCCGUCAAGGGUAAGUCGAACUCAACCGUCAAUCUUGUUGUGCAAGACCCUAAACUUGGAAGUGGUGUCGCGGGAAGACUCGGAAGUUUUAGCAUUUACUCGGAUGUAAAGAAAGCUAAAGCUGGGGACCGCAUCUCUCUCUGUACCGAUUUUAAGAAAUCUGCACAGCCUGAUAGUCGUACUGUCUUGCAGAACAUUACCACUUUUAAGAGGAACAUGGAGAAAAGUAAAAGCAAGCAUGGUAGUGGAGUUAAAGUUGGAACAACAAUUUUGGCUGACAUCAGCAACACAAAGUACAAUUUUUCUGCUAGGAAUAAAGCUGGACGUAAAGUUCUUGCUGAUAUUACCAAUACGAAGAGAAGCAUUUCAAGAACUGAGCUUCAUGAUGGAACCACACAAAAGAAAAGUAAUGGCAAGAAACUUCCUUAUCUACCGCGGAGUUCUAUUCACACUGGGACUGCAAUAGCAAAUACUUCAUCAAGAAAAGCAUUGAUGACAAACAGGGGCGCAGGCUCAGCUGAAGCUAGUGGAAAGCAUUAUAUGUUCAUGAGAGCAGCCAAUCAAGCUUUGAAGGCUAUUGCUGCUGAUGAUCCACGAGCCAAGACCAAAAGGAGUAUAACUGCUAGCAUUGGGAACAGGAAGUCUGUGCCCGCACUAAAGCGGGUUAAUGGUGUGGAUACAUUUGAUGUGAAGAAGGGCCAUAGCCCUAUGUCUUUUACCACUAGAAGAUGGAGAUCUCUACCGGCAUUAAAGGAGUCAAAUGCACGGCACACAAAUAUUUCAAAAAAGGAAAAUGCCAAUUUUUUGGAGAAUAGGAUACCAAAGAAUGGAUUUCGAGCAAAGCCCAGGGUUGGACAGAAUAGUUUGCCUCAAGGCGCUGCAAAGAGUUCAGUCAAGAGGUUACGAAAACAUGGGUUUCCAGUUUCAGCAAAGCCCAAGGUUGGACAAAGCACAUUGCCACAACCAAUUCUUAAAACCACAUCUUGGAUAGCUGCAAGAUCAAAAGGAACACAUUGUCAGAGUAGCUCAAGGUCUCAAUCUUUCAUUUCAUUUCAGCAGAAGGAAUACAUUGCCACAUCAUCUCUUUCUGAACAAAGUGUUCCAAUAUCUUCUAAGCAACCCUCAGAAGAGAUUCCUUCUGCCAAAAGCCAGGACUUGUCUUCAUGUCAACCAGAUAUUUUAGUUAAGAGAGCAUCUGUGCGCAGAAAGUCUUUCACAUCUCUACUAGUGACAAGACCAAUGCAAUGCAAGGAGCAAACAAAGCAUGUGAGACAAGAGUCUUUGCCGCAGAUUUACGACAAUUCGAAUCACCUUGAUGUUUCUGAAUAUGUUGAUGAUAUCUAUCAAUAUUACUGGGUUAUGGAGGUUCAGCGUCAUCCUUUGAAAUGCUGCGUGAAGUUUCAAACAGAAAUUACACCUCAUAUGCGUGGUGUAUUAAUAAACUGGCUUAUCGAAGUUCAUGUAAAAUUUGACUUGAUGCAAGAGACUCUAUAUCUGAUGGUUACUGUCUUAGACCAGUAUCUCUCCCAAGUAUGCAUCAAGAAAAAUGAAUUGCAGCUAGUUGGCCUGACUGCACUCUUGUUGGCAUCAAAAUAUGAAGAUUUUUGGCAUCCAAAGAUCGUGGACCUGAUCAGUGUAUCAGCAGAGUCAUACACCAGAGAACAAAUGCUAAGAAUGGAGAAGGAAGUUUUAAAGAAAAUAAUGUUUCGCCUAAAUGUACCAACUCCAUAUGUCUUCAUGUUGCGAUUUCUCAAGGCCUCCCAAACAGAUAAAAAGUUUGAACAUCUUGCAUUUUUCCUUGUGGAGCUGUGCUUGGUUGAGUAUGAAGCUUUGAACUACAAGCCAUCUAUGAUAUGUGCAUCGGCUAUCUAUGUUGCACGGUGUACAUUACGUAUGGCUCCAGCAUGGACACCCAUGCUUGAGAGUCAUGCACGCUAUCAAGAAUCUCAACUCAGAGAUUGUGCUGAGAUGAUCUUGAGAUUUCAUAAAGCUGCUAGAACCGCUCUGCUACGAGUCACCUUUGAGAAAUAUAUGAGGUCCGAAUACAGCAGCGUGGCAGCUAUAAGGCCUUUAGGGAAACUACCUCAAUGACAUGUAUAUAUCUAGGAGUGGAGGGCUAUGAUUUUGCCCAAGUACUUUGUAAAAAACUCAAGUACGAUUGUAGUUUAGAUAUUGUUGGGUAGACCUAAUAACCUGGUUAUUUGGCAGUGGAUGGAUGAUUUAAGUCAUUUUAUAGUACUUAAAAGGCACCCAUCCCAAAAAUACCGGUAUUUUGGGGGGUCCCUAUACCACCGGCUAUACGGUUAGUACCGUACAACCGGUGGCAUUUUCAUAAUUUAAAUGAAAAUCACGGCUUCUGUUAAAUGAGCAUUAAUGAACUUUUAGCGAGCAUCAAACUUAUUUUGUUGAUUAUUAGAAAUCAAGGAGCACUGUGA